AUGCCUCCGAAACAACAGCCUGGUAAGAAAGCUGAGCAAAAACGGAAGGAGAAAGUCAUCGAGGACAAAACGUUCGGUUUAAAAAAUAAGAAAGGAAAUAAAAAUCAAAAAUAUGUGCAGCAAAUUGAAAAUCAAAUUCGUAACAAUAAUACUAGGCUAGACAUUAUAAAGCAACAAGAAGCUGCCAAGAAAAAAGAAAAAGACGAUCUUCUCGAUAUCGCCAAACUUCUGAAGCCAGUUGAGCAGAAGAUCGCAAAAGACGUUGAUCCCAAAUCGAUUCUUUGCGUAUUCUUCAAGCAAGGCCUCUGCGGGAAAGGCGCCAAAUGCAAAUUCAGUCACGAUUUGGCGGUGGCGCAGAAGACGCAAAAGAAGAAUCUGUAUGUGGAUAGUCGAGAAGUGAAGGCCGAUGAGACGAAUGAGAACUGGGAUAAGGAUAAACUCAAUGAAGUUGUCACCAAGAAGAAUAAAGGACAAUAUCAAAUUGAUAUUGUGUGCAAAUACUUCCUGGAAGCCGUCGAGAACAACAAAUAUGGUUGGUUCUGGGAGUGUCCGAACAACGGCGACAAAUGCCCAUAUAAGCAUUGCCUUCCUGAAGGCUACGUUCUCAAAAAAGAUCGCGAAGCGAUGAAAACGCAAAAAGAGGAGGAAAUUAGCAUCGAGGAGCUCGUUGAGAAGGAGAGGGCCGCGUUGAGCUCGAAGAACUUGACGAAAAUCACACUUCAGACGUUCGUCGCGUGGAAGAAGAAGAAGCUUCGCGAGCGGAAGCAGAAAGAGGAGGAUGAGCUGAAGGCGAAGAAGGAUAAAAUCAAGUCUGGAAAACACAAUGGCAUGUCUGGACGCGAUUUGUUCUUGUUUGACGCCACAUUGGUGAACAACGAUGACGAUGAAGCUGGCGAUAUUGAAAUGGAGAAGGACGAGAAUGAGGAGAACGAGAAGGUGUUCGAAAUCGACGCGAACUUCUUCAAAUUCGACGGAAUGGAUGAGGAGUUGGACACGGAGAUGGCGAACUCAUCAACGGCCGUUGAAGCCACUGCCGGAUCGAUGGCGAAAAUGGCGAUCAAUGAGGAAUUGUUCAAUGUCGACGAGGAUAUUGAAGGAUUGGACUCGGAUGAGGAUUGA